ACAGCUGGCGCGUGCUGCUACUGCUGGCUCACCUUUCGCGCUCACUCUCUCGCGCUUUUACCUUUCCAGCUCACCUCUACACCGGCCAUUUCUUAAAGCAACAAAAAAGGGCAAAGGAGCUGCCAAGGAGCGUAAAUAAAAAGAUGGAGGAAUGCCCGGACUGCGGUUAGCUGCUGGAGGACCAACAAGAGAACCGCUGUCGCAGAGGACUAAGAGCAGGAGGAGGAGGAGAGAGAGGGAAGCAGACGCAUCUCACAUCUGCGGUGACUUUGGGGAUUUCUGGGCAGCGUGAGGAGAAAAAAAGGAAGAUACGCUACAUUUUUUUCUGAUGCUGUUAAAAUCUCCCGCGUGCAAGAGGAAUAAUUACCAUGUGUUUGGAUUAUCGGUGGACCAGCGCGUUAUGCUCUGCAGUUUCGGCAAUUAGGGGGACAUAUCCUUCAAAAUAGUUGCGUCUUUUAUUAAAAAUAAACACUGUUGCCGGGCGUGAUGAAUUCUUCCGCUCCUCAUUUUUAAUUGGAAGCAUCCGCUGGAGUGUUUGGCCACCCGGGGGAGCGGCGAGGAGGACGUUUUUAGGGGGGUAACGGAGGACGGUUUUAAAGAGGUGAUACCCUCCCCCUUCAUAAAUGUUUGCGUGCCGUUAGUGCUCUCGCUCUCAGUCGACCUCACCCCCUCCUCUCUCUCUCUUUCCCCGCGUCUCACACGCAGGCAGACGCGUCUCAUAUGCAUACACAGACACGGGCAGGACUGGACAUUAUCUCACCCGCACACCGACACAGCAUGCGCGCAUAAUCACACACACACAUACACACAAGUCUUUCCUCUCAACCAGCCAGCCCUCCCUCCCCCCACUAUCUGAUGACUCCCCGGUGUACAGGUGGACGUGGUACGGAGCCGACUGUAGCAUCAUCCUCAUCCUUAACACCGCCACUGUUAUCAUCAUCACCAUCCUCCUCCUCCUCCUCUUCUUCUCAGCAGCACAACCACCACCAUGUCCUCGUCGUCGCGCAAGAUCUCCUCCGAGUCGUUCAGCAGCUCGGUGGGCUCGGACUGUGGGCUCGAAAGCCCCGGGGGAGACGGAGGGGACGGCGGGUUGGAGCCGGCGGAGGAGAUCCGAGGGUGCCCCUUCUCUUCCUUCCCCUCCUCCCACAGAGCGGUGCUCUGGAACGGCCGCAGCCCCGCCGAGAGGACCGUGUGCCCGGCGGGUGAAGAGCAAGCACCCGGCGGACCCCACAAGAGGGUCACCAGGAGGAGAAGGGUGAACCUCGACUCGCUGGGGGAGAGCCUGAGGCGGCUGACCUCACCCACGACGCAGACUGUUCAGGAAGCUCUACAGCGGACUCUACAGUUCUACAGACAACAGGAGAUCAGGUGUCAGGAAGUUGGAGGGGAGAGACGAGAGGAGAAAUGUCCAUUUCUAGAGAAUUCUGGUUCAGAGGAGGAUGUUCUACAAAUCCUCCAAUACAUGGCCACCAUACUGGGAGUACCAUUCUGUGAGCUGCGAGAGCAUUUUGGAGAGGAGUUCUUUGGUCUCUGCUUUGAAGAAAAUGAACGUGUACUUCGGGCUGUGGGUGGCAACCUCCAGGAUUUCUUCAAUGGCUUUGACGCCAUUUUGGAACACAUUCGCACCUCUACGGGGCGCCGUGCCUCAUCUGAGAGCCCCUCCUUCCAGUGUAAGGACCCCCGUGAGGAGGACAAAGGCAGAAGAAAAUUGGACAAAGUUGGAGAUCAGGCAGAAAGAAAUGGAGGAGGAAAAAUAUUGGUUCUUCAUUGCUUCAACCCUGCCCCUGUUGUCGGGUUGGUCAUGCCGGGGUUGAUCAGAGCUGUUGCCAGGCGUAUCUUUCAUUCACAAGUGGAGGUGGAAGAGGUGCCCCCUCUAACUCCCUUGUUGCCCAAUAAAGAUGCAGAAAACACAGACUGUGACUCGACGACCCCGACCCCGACCGCGUCUCCCACUGCCUCACCCUCCUCAUCCCCAUCCCCUCCCUCUCCUUUCCCGACCACUGCUCCGACAGUUUGCCUGUCCUUCCAAAUCCAGGAGACCAGCCCUCUUUGCAUCUCUUCCCUCCCCAACGCCGCCUCGGCGACCGCUAAACGACCCCCCCUCUCGAUGUCCACCAACCCCAGCGAUCUGCGCAUUGGCCUGGCCACGUUUUGCCGUGCCUUUCCGUUUCACCUUGUCCUGGGGCCUCACAUGGAGCUACUGCAGCUUGGGGAAGGACUGAGGAAACAGACUCGUAUAGAGACUUACCGGAGCCUCUCGUUCAGGGACUGUUUUGAGAUUGUCUCACCUAAGAUGGAUCCCUCAUUUCAAGGCAUCCUACUGAGGCUUGCAUCCCCAUUUACUAUCCGUACCAGGCCUGACACCACACAAGCGGACAUCAAGGAGAAGGUGAUGGAGUUGAAGGGUCAGAUGAUCCAUGUGCCCGAGUCGUGCUCCGUGAUGUUUCUGGGCUCUCCCCGUGUGGAUAAGUUGGAGGAGCUGAUGGGCAGAGGUCUCCACCUGUCAGAUAUCCCCAUCCAAGAUGCCACACGGGAUGUUAUCCUGGUUGGGGAACAGGCCAAGGCUCAGGAUGGCCUGAAGAAGAGAAUGGACAAACUCAAGGCCACAUUAGAGCGGACUCAUCAGGCACUGGAAGAGGAAAAGAGGAGAACCGUGGACCUGCUUUAUUCCAUAUUUCCGGGCGAUGUGGCGCAGAAGCUGUGGCAGGGGCAGCCGGUGCCCGCUCGCAAGUUUGAUGACGUCACGAUGCUCUUCUCAGACAUUGUGGGGUUUACUGCCGUGUGCGCUCAGUGUACGCCUAUGCAGGUCAUCUCCAUGCUGAAUGAACUUUACACACGCUUCGACUACCAGUGUGGCAUUCUGGAUGUUUAUAAGAUUGAGACAAUAGGUGAUGCCUACUGUGUGGCAGGAGGGCUUCACAAGAAGGUUGAUAGUCAUGCAAAGCCGAUUGCACACAUGGCUCUGAAGAUGAUGGAGCUUUCAGAGGAAGUGUUGACGCCUGAUGGUAAACCUAUCAAGCUGAGGAUAGGUAUUCAUACAGGUUCGGUGCUGGCAGGUGUGGUCGGUGUUAAAAUGCCACGCUACUGCUUGUUUGGAAACAAUGUGACGCUGGCCAGCAAGUUUGAAUCAGGAAGCCAUCCCAGGUGUAUCAAUGUUAGUCCCACAACGUAUCAACUGUUGAAAGACGACCGCUCUUUUUCAUUUGUCCCUCGUUCAAGGCUGGACCUCCCAGAGAAUUUUCCCAAAGAGAUCCCAGGGACAUGUUACUUCCUGGAGGCGGGCACAUCCCACAGUCACGCCUCACUGACCAGCUCUCGCUCCGCUCCUCCGGCCUCUAUGAGGAAAGUCUCCUACAGUAUUGGGACCAUGUUUCUAAGAGAAACAAGUUUGUAGAGCCCAUACACAGACCAGGUUACACAGUUAAUUAUUAUGUUAGUGACUGGAUUUUGAACUUGUGCAGGAAACCAAUUACACAGAUCUUUGGAUAUGCAAAUGCAUUAUUUAAGAAAAACUUUGAUUCAGACCUGUGGGAUGGCCUGUAUGAAUGAAACUUUGAAAAGGCUUUCAUCAUAAGUGAAGAAGAACAACAUGCCCUCGUCUCUCCUGAGCAAAGGAGAUACGGUUCAAAAGACUUAAGGAACAGCUACUGCGCUAGUCUCACAAGGACCCUCCCCCAGGGAAGUGUACUGGAAUCAAUUAGAAGAGAAACCUUAAUAUAAACCUUCAUGAUCUAGCUGGAUUCCUCAGCUCCAGACCUGGAAUCUGGUUCUCUCUGACCUGCGUCUAAACACGGGAAUGCUUGGAGAAAGCCUGGGGAUAGACCAAACAUAUGACCGUAAUUGCACUCAAUACAUAAUGGAACUGCGCAAAUUGAACAAAUCCACUUCCCAUUAACAAACUGGGUGCUGAAUAUAAAGUUGGGUGAAUUUUUGCAAGAUGGCAACAUUGCCAUAAACGUUUGCUGUGCAUCAUGGCCACUUUUACAAGGAUGAUAACAACACAGCAACCCCUUCCUCCCCUUGCAGCUGUCUCUGUGUAACGUCAUGCUUUACCAAACAUACGUCUAACAACUGCUACUUGUUAUAUUAGGAAGCAUCAACCUAGGAGCAGUUGGUUGUGGUGGCGUGUGAUUAAUGAGAGGCACAAAGGAGACAAUUUAGUAGUCAUCUAAGGACAAAUGCCAAAACCACGAAUAUUAGGCUGACUUUAUAGGUCUGUCUGCUUCUAACCUACUGAAAACUAUAACCAACCCAAGUCCAGCCAUUUCAUUGCAUAUUAUAUGUGUAGGUCUGCAAAUUAUUCCCAGCUCAGUGCCUUUUUAUUGCUCAAAUUUGGACAGAUAUAAGAUGAAUUGAAUUAUAUAUAUAUUAUAGAAAAUAUAGGGAUCGCUCAAUUUAUCUCAUGUUUUAAGUUGUUUUAUGACUUUUUAAAAAACGGUUAAUGACAUGAAAGGAAGAAUGACAUUUGCCAAUGCUUUUAAGCCACUUUUGUAUUUGUUGUACAUUUCACUCUUGGAUGGUAAUGAUUGGUUGGCAAGAUAAAUCAAGCCUUCCUCAAAGAAUUCAGAUAUUUUAAUUUGCAUUCACUCGACUGUGUCCAGAUCCAAUACUACACAUUAAAUAGUACUUAUAAUACAGUACUGUGCCAAAUUAUACACUUAGUCGUAGUAUGCGUAUCUUACACAGUUCACACUUACACACAUAACCUGUUUUAACGGCUUUAUAUUUUUAAUAUACAGUAUGCAGUUCUCUACUAGCCCUGUCAGGUGCAACCACCAGGUUUCAGAUUACGUAGUAGUCUGAGUAUAAUUUGCUCAAGCAAAUCAAGCGAUGUCAAGCGAAUUCAUCUGAGACAGUCUUCAUAAGCUAUCAUCAUGCAGCGGGAGCUGAAGGUUUGAAGUUGAAUAGUCUUUGUAUAUUUGAUAGCCCCGGCAGAUUUGGGUAUUAUUUUAUAGUUACUUUAAAGUGCUGCCAGUGUUCUUAAACAGUUGAGUAAAAAAAUGUUUAUAUCAGUUUAAAUGGUUGAUUAAGGUAAAAAAAAAUAUACGGGGUUAUAGUUUAAAUUAUAUCGAUAUAUAUUUGAUGUUAAAUGAAAUGUUUUUAUUAUGAUAUGAAGGGAACAGAGAUAACAGCCUAAAUGAAAUUAUUACUAAUGGAUGGCCCCCAACAAGCAAAAAGCAUGCAUAAGAUCUUUGUUAUUUAAAUCCGAAUGAGCGGUACUCAUUGCUUCCAUUCCAUGUUUGACAACAUCACAUUAUUGCUCAUGUUGCUUUAAAUCUAACUUCCUUAAUAAACUGAUAAUAACAUCUGUUCCGAAAGAAAAGAAUGGUUUUGUCACUGGUUUACUCCUGCACAGAUUAUAGUUCAUAAUUUUAAUAGAAAUAGGAUGUUGCAAAUUCACUACAUCUUGCCAAAUGAAAUUCUUGUUGCUUGAACCCAACAAGAUAAAAUAAAAAAGUGCCAAAUGUGCAUUUAGACACACCAGAACACCAGGUUUUAUUCCUGCUUUCCACAUCUUAAUGGCUCGCGGUAGUAGCAGGGAGAAAAAACAAUGGUUACACAUUGAAACUCAUUGAUAUAAGAAAUCCAAUAACAAAUACCUUUUCUGCCCUCUAACGUAGACAUUCACCAGCAUAACUAUGUGUUGUUCCAAACUGAUGGAAAUGUUGUUAAGAGGGCAAACAGCACAGAUUUCCUUUUAAACUGCCAGUGUUCAUUAUUGCCAUAAAAUUCUGUCACCAGAGUCUCAGAUGGGAGGAAGCAUUACAAAGCAAUGAAGGCUUGCACAUUUUAAUUUAAUUUAAAAAAAUUUUUACGUGUCACCAUCAUACCCACAUUUCCUAUGAACAAAAACGACUAUUUCUAAAGUGUAUGCUAUGCAGUAGAGUGCUUACAGUUGGCUAGACAAUAAACACAUCAGUCAAAAACAUGGCAGCGUAGCUUUUUGCCUAAAAAAUAUUACGAGUUGCAACACAGCGAAAAAGUUUUUUAUUAACAUGAAACUAGGUGCCGUUGUUUAGUGGGACAGCUUUGCCAUCUUAAGCUUAGAGUUUAUCACUUAAAGACAUCUGUCAACUUUAAGCUUAAAUCGGUGGAUUAUUUUGCAUAGCGGGUUGCUAAACAUUUUAUUACACUUUGCUGAGCAAAAAAAAAAAAAAAAUCUGUCCAAGACUGUCCAUUCGUUUUGUGUGAUGCAUAGAGAACCAGAAUCUGCAGUAACCAUCUGAGACAUCAGCAAAACAUGCAUCUUAUGUAAGUAUUCAUCAGUGGCUCAGAAGAUUAGCAUUUCUCUUUACAUAAACUGUGUCAAGCCUAUCAGUCAAAAGUAACGUGUAUGUCAGACAUAAUGGUGUUCAUCAGGUCUUCCAGAGUUAAGGGAAGUCGGUCUUUAAAGCCAGGGAAAAUAAAAAGGUGGUUAUUGUUUUUUUAAUUGACCAUAAAGUUAGAUUUCACAGCUUUUCUGUGAGGUACCAGAAGGGUGAUUUUAUAUGAAACCACAAUUUUCAAAGUGUCUUUAAAUUCUACCUAAAAUUUUGUGUUAUCGCUGCAAAUAAUCGACAAUAUUUGCAUUGAUUUCUUUUUUUGGAAGGACUCAACUACUGCGUUGUACCCACCAGUAAGAUAACCCCCCAGAAACCUUGUUAAGUGUAUUUGACAGCUGUGUUACUGAGCCUGGGGGAAGGUUUUUACAGGGCAGGCUUUCGCAUACAAAUGUACAAGUACUUCCCAGCUGUCAUCCUGGCGAUAAUGCAUAGACAAAUUAAUGUAUACUUGAUAAAUCUACUGUAGCAUAAAUGUAGUGCAGUGCCUAAAUUUUUGCUGGUAGGCUUAAAAUAGGACGUUACACCAGCAUUACACCCACACAACUUUUGUCCAGUCCUUACAUCUCCAAGUCUGUAGAUUCUUGACAUAAUAAUAAAUGUUUGGCCUGAUCUAACAAGUCUAUUUAGAUGCAGAGGUGUUGCAGGUACUGAUUCUUUACAGUAAUACACCAAUGCACAAGUCGGUGACUUACUCACACACAGGCGUUCUUUAAGGUAACAAUGGCAAUACAACUGAGCUAUAGUGUAUAAAUUGUCUCAAAUAAUGAACAUGAACAAAUAUUGUUAAGUAAGUGUGUGAGGGUCCAGCGUCCAGUGAGACAAAGCCAAAUACAUCCACGACUCCUCCAGCUGUUGUCUGCGUGCCUGAUUGCGUGACUUUGUGUGUGUGUGGGUCAAAAAAUAGGAGAUAAUACAAACACCACUUAUUAGGAAAAUCUGUACAAUUUUGAUUAUGUAAUGUAUUCCAAAUGGGAUAAAACAAACAAACCUGAAAUUGUAUUACGAUUACUUUGCAGGUUCUUUUUGGUAUAAUUCCAAAGUGAAUUGUGAGUUGUAGCAAAACAAGAAUCUCUGCUUUGUUGUCCUUAUUUUUUAUUUCAGCUUUAUACUUUCUGUCAGUAUGUUUCAUCCAUCUAAAGGCAGGCUGGUUUUCUCGACGCACCUCUGUCCCACAAAACCUUCAUGUGCUCGGUAAUGUCUUCUUCUUUUUUUAAGAACUUAAAAAAAUAUAGACACUUUUGUUACUUUUUCAUUCUGUGUUUUACUGAAUUAAAUGAUUUUGUUUGAUGACGCAUUCAUGAAACAUUUUCUUUAACUGAAAUAGCAUGAAAAUAUCAUUUUUAUUGAAGACUAAAGUUGCUAUGUUUUUUGCAGGACAUUGUUAUAAACUGUUUUGUUGCCAAGUUCAGCUUCACCCCCACUGACAUACAGUACAAAGGGUCAAAGAUGAUGGGAAACUGGACUUUACUUGUUUUAACAGUCUAGUUUUAACAGCAGAAACAAAUGAGGGUUGAUGCCUGGGUCCGCCAAAAGAUUUGUAUUUCUAUGUUCAGCUCCAACCUUUGAGAAAUAGUAGCUUCCAUAGGUUAAUUUAGCACUAAUUAAUCAUUUCAUUUGAGACCCAGUGGUUUAUAAUCACAUUCAAAAGUCUGCAGAGGCUCUUGUACUUUGGUGUUUUAUGUUGUAAACAUAGCAAAACUGAAUCUGGAAAUGAACCCCGUUUGACCCUGCUGUUGGAAUUAGGUGCACUGUAUAUGGAAGGGGCAUGAUGACAACUGUUGGUUUCUGACUGACAUUAAGGGCACAUCUUAUGUCUUAUAUGAUGUAAAUAAAAAACACCAAGUAUCUUUAAU